CUUGUGGAGGUUGUUUCAAACCAGGGAGGCCGCUAGCCAAUCAGGCCGGUCUCGCAUUGAGCUAGCGCGAGGCUGAGUACGCGGCUUUUAAAGAGGGGAGAAAGCAGAUCGAGGGACUGCAUAUUGGCAUCAGUACAGAGCUGCAGUGAAUACAAAAAGAACAAGGUCCGAAAGCGUCGAAAAUGGCCAAAGGUGACCCAAAGAAGCCCAAGGGCAAGAUGUCUGCUUAUGCCUACUUUGUCCAGACCUGCCGUGAAGAGCACAAGAAGAAAAGCCCAGAAAUCCCGGUCAACUUUGCUGAGUUCUCCAAGAAGUGCUCUGGCAGGUGGAAGACUAUGUCUGAGAAAGAGAAGUCCAAAUUUGAGGACAUGGCCAAGCAAGACAAGAUACGUUAUGACCAAGAGAUGAUGAGCUACAUGCCUGGAAAGAAGGGCAAGAAGAAAGACCCCAAUGCCCCAAAAAGACCACCAUCCGGCUUCUUCCUGUUCUGCUCUGAGCACCGGCCCAAAAUCAAGGCCCAGAACCCCAGUUUAGGCAUAGGGGACGUGGCCAAGCGGCUGGGGGAGAUGUGGAACAAUCUGACCGAUGCCACUAAGCAGCCAUAUCUCAUAAAGGCCAACAAGCUUAAAGACAAAUACAAACAGGAUGUGGCUGAUUAUAAAUCUAAGGGCAAAGUGGUUGGUAUGGGAGGACUCCCUAAGCCAGUGAUGAAGAAGUCUAUGGAGGAUGAGGAAGACGAGGAGGAUGAAGAAGACGAGGAGGAGGAGGAAGAAGAGGAAGAAGAAGAGGAGGAAGAUGACGAAUAAGCUUGUUUAUGAACAUCGCUGUUGUUUUUGGUUAAAUUGUAGUAGGGUGAGGAAACCUCCAGCAGUGCAGAUGUAUAUCCCUGUUCUUCCUCUUCCUGUCAAUUCCACAUGAUCCCUGUGUGCUGUGGUUUAAGGAUGAAACAGUGACACCACAGCGUGGGAUGAUCCUCUUCAUCUCCCCGCCUUCCCCUUUGUGUGUGUACGUUUGUGUGCAUGGGCGUGUGUGAGAUGAGCGGUUCUGUGUCCGUUUUCCCAUCACUGUGCCGUCUUCCCGAAUGCCGAGGCUCUAUGACAGGAAGCAUUUAAGCAAGUGGUAGCAUUGUGGUAUUUUUUUUUUUUUUCUUUCUAAAAGGAAAAAAACAAGUGUAAGCUGGUGUGUAACUGUAUAUGAUUAACUUAGACUUAUUUUAUAUUCCUACAGAUGUAAAAUUGCACAAUGUUGUUAGGUAGGUAUGUGUGUGCAGUGCUGCAGUAUUUCAGUCUUAUUCAGCUUGGCUUUUGACCUGUCCUGGGGCUGAAGCCAUACCAGUAUCAACUAUAAUAGCAGAGCUUUGGCGAAUCCGUGUUUGGUAAUAUUUGUUUGUGUCCCUGGCUCUCUCGACAUAAUGCACUGCUCAUAUGGCGAGAACUUUGUGUGUGUGAGUGAGAUUGUAUGUGGGAAUGUGCGUGUGUAUGUGGGAGUGUGUGUGUGUUUUUUUUUUUUUUUUUUUUUUUUUUUUUUGACUAAGUGCAUUUUAAAAUUUUACCUGAUGCUUAAUGCCACACGGCAAGAAUGCAGCUGGUGAUAAGUUUGUAUUUGUUGUACUUGUCUUUGCACCUAAGAUUUUUUUUUUGUGAGUGUUUUAGUAUACUGUAGCAUUUAAAGGUACAUUUUACCCCCUUUUUUAACUUAAGGCCAUUCCAUUCGGUUGUCUUAGGUUCAUGUUACGGAUUUGUCAGCCUGUAGAGAAAUUUAGUGUGUUGGAACCCCUGAGGUGCUGUUUCAGAUCUUUUUGUUGAGAAAUAAUCUCUUCCACAGCCCAUGGGUGUUAAUUCUAGGGAAUCCAUAAUGCCUAUUAAUAUUCUUCAUAUCCCUAUGCACACACCAUGAAUUGAUGCACAGUUGUCUGGGACACGGUCCGUAAUGGUUAUAGUUAAGUAUACGUAACGUACAGUUAAUGUUAAGCUGAUCUUAAAAACAUCAAAAUCAACUUUUGUGGACCCCUUUGUAUUUUGGCUGGUUAAAAGUCAGAUUUAAAAUGCCAUGUAGAUCCCAGUUUAUCUUGCAUUUCAAAUACAACCAGGUGUCCUGUUGACAUGGAGUGCAUCCAGUGUGUGCUUUGUAUUUGAAUGUUGUGUAUGAGGCAAUAUUUUUCAUUGACGAGUUUUUCAACCACUACUACACAGACAUGCCUUAAAGUUCUGUGCUUACUGUACACAUUCAAAUAAUUAUCAGUUAAUGUAUUACAAAAUAUUUAUAGACUUUUGAUUACUUUUUGGGAUCUGUUGUAAUAGACCUAAUUGUGUACCUAAUAGUAAUGUUCAUAUUAAUUCUUGAGAAAUUAAAUGCCAGUUCAAAUCA